AUGGCUUACUCCCAACCCGACAGCAGCUUCUUCGUCGAGACCGAUGGUCCUCACUACUCAAGGAUGAACCCUCGCGAAGCUGCCAAGAUCAUCGCCCGCAACCGCCAAGAUAUUAUCGCCGGCGAGCUCUCUCGGUUAGCAGGCGACGAGUAUCUCGAGGACAUCAUGCAGCACAUGAGGCACAUGGAGGACGAAACUCUUCCCGACGCCAGCCUCAUUGACAUGCAGCGCGAAAUUCAAUGGUUCAUGAGGCCCUACCUCAUCGACUUCCUCAUCGAGGCCCACGCUGCCUUCGCCCUCCUGCCCGAGACCCUCUUCCUCACAGUCAACCUCCUGGACCGAUACUGCUCAAAGCGAGUCGUGUACAAGCAACACUACCAGUUGGUGGGCUGUGCUGCCCUCCUGAUCGCCGCCAAGUAUGGUGACAAAAAGGACCGCGUCCCCCAGAUCCACGAGCUCAACAACAUGUGCUGCGGCCUGUACGAUGCCGGCAUGUUCACCCAGAUGGAGAUGCACGUCCUCAACACUCUCGAGUGGUCUAUCGGCCACCCCACUGUUGACUUCUUUUCUCAGCUCAUGGUUGCGGAGGAGGGUGACGACCGGGAAGUUGAGCACAUGGCCGCCUACCUCUGCGAGAUUGCUCUCUACCACCGGGACUUCGUCUCAACUAAGCCCUCGAUGAUGGCUCGAUCCUCUCUCGCCCUUGCCCGCGCUAUCCUCGGCCGUCCCGAAGUCAACGAUGGAGAGUGGGAUCACACCGAGAACCUCACCCUGUUGACCCUCUCCCAUCACCUCCACCAGCCUUCGCCCACACUCGGACGCAAGUACUCGACACCCAACCUAUCCCGAGUCUCUCAGAAGCUGGCCGAGUUUAUGGCUGAGCAGGCUGCCAUCGCCCGUCGAACUGCCAACCCUCCCUCGCCCCCCGUUGAGUCUGCUGUCAAGCACUCAAACAUCUACAGCACUCCUCAAAAGGGACACGGCGCCACUCUGGGAUUUGAUGGCUAUCUGACCCCUCCCAUCACCCCUGACGGACACGGCGUCGUGGGCCAACAUAUUGCGAAGGAUUCAUACGGCCUACCUCCUCGAUGUCCUGUCACACCCACACCUCAACAACACCACGGUUCAUUGUACAGUCACCAAUAUCCCGGUUUCGUCGGUCAACAUGGAGCCAACCAACAAUAG